CGCCCCGACCCCGCCCCGGCUGCGCCGGCUGUGACAGGCGCCUCCGCGCUGGUCCUCGAGCCAGAACUGCCGCCGCCGUCGCCUUCGCGGUCUCUUGACUGAUCCCAUCAAAGCGACCAUGCCCCGGGGGAGCCGCAGCGUGGCCGCCCGGCCAGCCAGCCGCGCCGCCGCGCCCUCUGCCCACCUGCCCGCGCACCCGCCGUCCUCGGCAGCAGCCCCUGCCACCGCCCCGUCGGGCCAGCCCGGCCUGAUGGCGCAGAUGGCGUCCACGGCUGCCGGAGUGGCCGUGGGCUCGGCUGUGGGACACGUCGUGGGCAGCGCCCUGACCGGAGCCUUCAGUGGGGGAAGCUCAGAGCCCGCCCAGCCUGCUGCCCAGCAGGCCCCAGCCCACGCUGCCCCCCAGCCCAUGCAGAUGGGGCCCUGCGCCUAUGAGAUCAGGCAGUUCCUGGACUGCUCCACUACCCAGAGUGACCUGUCCUUGUGCGAGGGCUUCAGCGAGGCCCUGAAGCAGUGCAAGUACAACCAUGGUCUGAGCUCCCUUCCCUGAAGAGCCUGGCGUGGAUUCAGGAGCCAGCCCCCCACCACCUCCACCCUUUCACCGACAGCCCGACUACAAUGUCAGAUUGUACCCACAGAGCUGGGGUAGGGAGUGAGGAGAGGGUCUCUCACCCCACAGGUGACCCGAGACGAAAAUGUGCAAUUAAAAGAGUUUAUUUUAGACCCAA